AAGAAAACCCUCAAAGCUUACAACUUCAGCAACAUUCCUUUUGCUGAGCCUCCACUCGGUUCUCUCAGGUUUAGUGCGCCGGUUCCACCCAAGGGACGCAAGUCGGGCAUUCAAGAUGGCAGUGUUGGCAAGGUUUGCCCACAGGCGUCUCCUGAUUACCUGGGAUUAAGCACACUGUUUACUACGGCUUUUGCCACGAACCAGGUGUCAUCAUUCAACGUGACACAGGCAAAAGAAUUGCUCUCUCAGCUGCCACCGCCGCAACCUGAUGUUAGAACUACGGAAGACUGCCUUGUCCUCGAUGUUUUGGUUCCGCAAAAAGUAUUCGAUAAGGGGGCCCACAAGAAGCGCAGUAAGGCUACCAAAGGAGUCCCCGUCUUGGUAUGGAUAUAUGGUGGAGGAUACGUUCUUGGAGAUAAAACAAUGUUUGGGACUCCAGACGAUCUCAUGGCCGCAACUCAAACAAAGGGUAGUGACGGUGCCAUUUGGGUUGCUAUGAACUAUAGGCUCGGCGCUUUUGGAUUCCUCUCUGGCCCCACGUUUCUGGAGCAGGGCGGCACCGCAAACGCUGGGCUUUUGGACCAGAGACUUGCACUUGAAUGGGUUCAGAAGAACAUCCACUUGUUUGGAGGCGAUCCCGAUAAUGUAACUGUUAUGGGGGUUUCUGCUGGUGGUGGAUCGGUUAUGCACCAGAUCACGGCUUACGGCGGGCAAAAACCUGCCCCCUUCCGUCGAGCUAUCCCACAAUCAGCCGGUCUUGUCCCAGUACCUGGAAACAGGAAGGCAGAGCAAGCCUUCGAUGGGUUUCUUGAGCUUCUCAAUGUUACGACAUUGGCUGAGGCAAGGGCGUUGCCUUCAGAGAAAUUGGUGGCUGCUAAUAUGAAGCAAGUCGCCAAUGCUCCCUAUGGCGGGUUUGUACAUGGUCCUACGGUUGACGGGUCUUUCGUGCCGGGAAUGCCCUCAAAGCUGUUUCUUCAAGGAUCGUUCUCCAAGGACAUAGAGAUUUUGAGCACUUUCAACCGCUACGAGGGAGUACAGUUCACCGACCCUUCCGCCUACGACAACGAGACUCUAUUCAGGAAGCAGGUCGGUGACACUUUAACCUCAUUGUCAAGCGCUGAUUUCGAGUUUAUUUUUGAGACGCUUUAUCCUGCCAGAUACGACGGAUCUCAGCCGUAUAGCGAUUCCUUGGGGCGAGCGCAGUUGGUAAUUUCCGAAGCUGUAUUUAUUUGCAACCAAAACGCCAUGGUCAAAGCCGCGCAGAAGCAAGGCGUCGCUGCAUUCGAGUUUCAAAACUCCAUCUGGCCAGCUCUUCAUGGUUCUGAUCAGCCUUUGCUUUUCUCUAAUGGGCUGACGCCAGGUGUAGACCCUCAGAUCUCGAGCAUUGUAAAGCAUAUCGUCGCUGGAUUUGUUAACAAUGGCUCGCCGAUCAAGUCGCCGUUUGGCGGCGUUUCGAUUCCAGCGUACGGGCAAAACGAUUCCAUUCUGGACUUGGUAGUUAACGCUUCCUCGAUUAUCCGCGACCCAACGUCAAACUUAAGAUGCGAGUGGUGGAACAAGGCACUUUACUACUAA